CCAAGAUGCCAUUCGAUUUGCUCCCCACUCUGCACCCAAAAUCUAAACACUGGGUGAUUUGUGUCCGUGCUUCACGCAAAUGGGAGUACCGUGGUGGCACCGACGAUGGACCAAUAGCACAUGUCGAUCUCGUCCUCGCAGAUGAAAAGGGGAAUGCCAUCUAUGCUGAAAUACCCAGCUCUGAGAUAGACACAAAAAGUCCACUAAUCCAAGAGGGUAGCAUCUACAUCAUCAGCCGCUUUAGAGUCUCAAGAGCUAAAUCCCUGUACAGACCGGUUGAUGGGCCUUACAUGGUGGAGUUCACUUGCUACACAAAAGUGACUCCAGCAAAGGAUAUACCAGAAUCAUUCCCAGCAUACAUUUACAACCUUACAUCUUUUGUUGAUCUCCCCAAACAUGCCGGCGAAAAUAAAAAUUUCCUAGAUGUUCUUGGCAUCCUCAUCGAGGUUUCUGACACGCGUUUGGUGCAGCUCCCAAAUCAACCAGCGCCCACCCAAAACAGAGAUAUUGUCCUUAGGGACCUCAGGUAA